UGGCCCCACCCUCUCUGCCCCGACCGUUUGCCGCUCCGGUUUGAAGGACGCGGGUCGCGGGCCCGCCGCUCUGUGCUCGGAGCCUGUCGGCCGCGCUGGGGCCGAGCGAUCGGCACAUGGAGCGGGCGGGGGCGGCGGAGGAGCAGAGGAGGUGGCUCCAGCAGAACCGAGCAGCCCGAGAAACUCUGAAAUGCUCCAGCGCAAAACCCUUUCUAAAGGACCAGACGAAUCGUCUGAAUCGACCCUCAGAACCCAUUUCUAAACUAGAGCAGGUUGACAGGGACAAGAAGGACGUUCCCAAAAACGCGGAGAAGGACGCUGAGUGCGAUGCCCAAUCCACAGAACACACCGGACGUGCCGCUCGGCACAAACCUCUGGGGACGAGCCAGAGCGCGGCCGCGGUGCGGCCAAAACAGCCGAUGUCGGGAGCCGCCGCGGGCCCGAGGGACAGAGUUAAGAGCUACCGGGCUGAGGAAAAGCCAAUUCAGGAUAAAUCCUGGAAAACCGUGCCAAGCUCAAAGAGCACAUCACAAAAACCAAGCGUCAAAACUCACCCGUUGCAGCCCCCUCAGUUAUUUACUGCUUCCGCUAAUUUGCUACAUAAAAAAACAGGGGCAAACCAGGAAAAAAUGGACAUGGCACGAAAGCCGCUCGGCGCAGUUCCAGGGGCAGCUCUUAAGCACAGCAGCCGACCCCCCCAGUUGCAAAGAUCUCCCCCAAAGCCGCCGGCCUCCAGCAGACCCCAGGGGGCCCUAAACCCGAAGUCCAGCCUACAAGCGGGUGGCGCGGUGCGAUGGCAAAACCCCGCGGUGAAUGGGGGGGCUGUUAGGAAGGAGGUGAAGGUGGCGCCUCCCAGACACGCGGCAGCAUCUCGAGUGCCAGGCCCCCAAAACCAGCCUCGCAGCACACGCGGCUCCGAAACUCCGGCAAUUAACAGCGAUUUUAGGAGUAGAAGAGAAGGGUUUAAGCCAAGGCUGCCAUGGGCAAGCGGAGUUCAGGAUGGGCGCGUUCCCAAGACCCCCAGCGCCGCCAACCGCAGGAAAGAGCUGGAGGCGUGGGUGGCAGCCAAAGGCAGGGUGUACAAGCGGCCACCUAUGGUGAUGCUUCAGAAAACUGCAGUGAAGCUGCCCUGCAGAAAUGUCAAGGAGAAAAAGAAGCAAGAGCAACUGGAGAAGCAGGAGGAAGCAGAGCAGCUCUCCCUGGAGAAGAUCAACAACAUAUUAACGGAGUGUCUGAAGCGUGUUGAAGAGGGUGGCCAGGCAGAGGAGGUCUCUGCCGUGCUGUCCCAGCUGCCCCAGGCACACAAAUUCGCCAAGUUCUGGAUCUGCAAAGCGAAACUGCUCGCCCGGAGCGGCCCUUUGGACGUGAAGGAGUUGUACGACGCGGCAGCCGGCGCUGGUGCGGUGCCCAUCCAGGAGCUCAAAGAAUUUCUCUUUGAUGUGUUGGCAGCUGGAUACCAGACAUCGGAAGGUGAAAAUACUGAGCAGCCCGUUCCUUGGGAGCCUAAAACACCUUGUCUGAGCAAGAGGCAGCACGUGGAAGUGACUCCCUGCAUGGCGGGGGGGUCCUGGACCCUCCCCAGCUCUAUCAAGUUACUGGUUAAGUCUGCGUCCAGGCUCUCGUCCUCCCCGCAGGGCGAAGGAGCUGCAGGAAGGCCAGGAGGUGAAACUCGUGACCCCAGUGCGGCGCUCGCAGCGCAUAGAGUGGGGCUGGAGCUGCUACCCGGAGAUGCUGCAGGAGCACGACACGGUGGUGUCAUCCCUCAGUGAAAUCCUGGAGGCCGAGGAAGAGACUCGUUUUUUUUACCGGAAAAAUAAGGCUUUGCCAGAGGUGCCGGAGCUGGACGAUUUGAGUUUGUAUCCCCCGGAGCAACGCUGAGUGACUCGUGGUGGGAUGGGUCUGCUGGCUCUCCUGCGCGUGUGCUCCACUGGCUUCUGUACUGAUGUAAAUACAAUGGGGUGGCACAUAAAAUCAAAGAACAGUUUGGGGUGAAGGGACCUUCCCAGCUCCCCCACCCCAACUCUCAGCCUGUCCCCCAGCAGAGCUGUUCCAGCCUCAGGUCAUUUCUGUGGCUCCUCUGGCCCCUCUCCAGCAGCUCCAUGUGUGUCUGUGCUGAAUCCCCUCCCUAGACCCGCUGCCCACGCUGCUGGUGAUGUGGCCCAAGAUACCGUUGGCCUCGGGGCUGCAGGUGCACGUUGCCGGCUCUGUCCCACCGUCCAUCCCCCAGCACCCCAAGUCCUCCGCAGGGCUGCUCCACCCCUCCAUCCCCAGCCUGGAUCCAUACCAGGGGCUGCCCUAACCCAAGGCCACUUGGCCUGGUUGGACCUCAUGAGGUUCACACGGGCCCACUUCUCCAGCUUGUUUCAUAAUUACAAGCUUUUUUAAAAUAUAUAAAAUGUAUAUGAGCACUGUUUUGAAUAGAAAAAUAAAUAAAAUUUUGCUGUGUAUGUCCA